CAGGCAACCCGCGGAACAAAUGUGCCCUCCAGCCCGGCCAUUCUCUCAUGGACUGGAUCCGGUUGGGGAACUCCGGAAAGGACCUCACUGGGGUGGGAGAUAGGGCUGGUCGGAUGACGGUCACAAAAGCAGAGUUAGCUAGGCAUAACACGAUAGACGAUGUUUGGAUAUCAGUCAGGGGACGUGUGUACAAUAUAACAGCUUAUAUACCUUUCCAUCCAGGAGGACCAGAGGAACUUAUGAAGGGCGCUGGGAUCGACGCUACAAAACUGUUUGAACAGGUGCACCCGUGGGUAAACUACGACCAAAUCCUACAGAAAUGCUACAUCGGUAGACUGGUAGCUGUAGAUCCGACUACUGAUACAGUAGCGCUGUUGUUCGGAGAGCAGGAUAAUGCUAGAAAGCCAACGAAUAUCACACGAUUAAAAGAACCCAGAGAGAAUUCUAUAGAGAAACCAGGUUGUCCGAAGAAUAAAGAAAAUAACGGUAAAAGUAAGAGCGAUAGUUGGAAAGAAUCAAGCAGCAACGGGCUGAAUCGGUCGUUCUUCAAAGAAGAAGAAGGACAAUCUCCUCCGUCCAAAGUGGAUCCAGCUGGACAUGGAUCGACAUCUUCCUCGACAACAGAUUUGACGGAAACAUCACAAUUAGGAGCUGCUGGAGCAACGUCUGUGGAAGAGGACAUCAGGGAGGGAUCUACAAGUUUCCCUAGGUUCGACUGGAUACAGAGACUAGGACACAUAACGCUUAUAUUCUACACCAAAGCCUUGGCGAACCCUUUAGUAGAAAUAUGCCCCGAAAAAGAACGAGACCGAUCACUUUCGAUUUUGAUCCGGUACGACGAUACCACUUUCAAAAAUGACGUCACUUUUUUCGAUGAGGUGACGUGGCCUGGUGUACCAAAGGUGACUUAUGAAACGGGGAAGGUUGAACUGGUGUUUAGGAAGAAAACGGAAAGGAUUUGGGAGCAGUAUGGACAACUUAGGCAGUCGAUAUGCGAGGAAGAAAGUCAAGGAGAGAAGUACAUGUUCAUGUUUAAAGACAAACCUACUAAAGUGAACCAUAAUAUGUACCUGUUAAGACUGGAAAGCACAGAUGGAAGGAGGAUAAUAACUCCAAUAGGAAAACAUGUUAGGUUAUUUGCUAAUUUACAUGGUGUGGAGUGUUCCAGGAGCUACACUCCGGUACCACAAACCAUAUACACCAGGUGCCUAUCGACGAACGUCGCCACUACGGAUACGAUGUGCUUCGCGAUAAAAUGCUAUCCCACAGGAAACAUGAGUGAUCAUCUGACAGAUAGAGACAAAGGAGACAUUGUGUACCUCACGAGGCCUUUCGGUGAUUUCGAUCUUUCCAGAUUAGACACGAGAGAUGGUUUCGUGAUGUUGGCUGCAGGGACAGGAAUCACACCCAUGUUGGGGUUGAUCGUGUUUUUGAUGGAGAGGAGGGUUAGGAAAUGUCAGUACGUUCGACUGAUAUUCUUCAACAAAACGCAACAGGAUAAAGUUUUCGAGGACCAACUUAAUAAUCUUAGACAGUACGAUACAAGGUUACAUGUGACGCACGUGCUAUCAGAACCAGGCGAUGGUUGGACAGGCCUUGCCGGUCACGUGAACAAAGAAAUGGUAGCGAGUAUAGUAGACGAGCACAUCAAGGACACCGGUUAUACGAUAGCCGACGUGUUUUUCUUCGUAUGCGGACCUAACCAAUUCAACUCGUUAGCUGUGGAUGAAAUUGGACAAUUGGGAGUUACUACUGAUCAGAUGCAUGUAUUCCAGGGAUAGCAGCGACCCUUAUACGGCGACAGAAAGAACAGCGGUCGAAGUUCAAUCAGCGAAUUUGUGAUGGGGGUAUUCAACUUUAUAGGCCGAAGUAGGGUAUCUUAGGGACAUUAGUAUCAUUAGAUGGAGUAUAAAAGGCAAUCCUUUCGAAACAGAAAUAAUAUUUACAUUCGUAUAAGGAUAUUCCAAUUUUGAUCUACUAUCCUGUUGACAGAGUGCUUAAGUUUUGUGGAAUAUGGCAAGUGAUAUUUCUAUAGAAGUUUAAGGAGGACACACAUAUUUCAGAUACAGGUGAUACAGGCAGUUGUAUUUUUAGUUUUAGGUUGCGAGGGUAUCGUAAUAUUUAUCAACUUUUUUGUCUCGAUGAAAUUAAGACAGAAUGUAAUCAUGUUAUGCAAUAAACUAUAUUUCUUGUAAAAAAAUCGAGCCUUAUCUCACUUUAUAAGAUAUAAAAUGCAUAUAAAAAUGCAUUGAUUCACAAUGCUAUGGACCACAUAAACUACUUAUAAUUCUUCAUUCGCUAGUUAAUCCAUUUCGCCAAAUAUUUCUAAGGUUACAUAUUUUGUUAAAUAAAAU